ACUCUGCAAGCUGAUUGGCUGGUGGGAGUGCUGCUGCUUGGGGACCAUCCAGGGGCUAUCUGGGCGGUGAGGACCACCUGGCCCGACCCCCGCUCCGCUUCCUGGUCCGCGGCAACUUCCGCCGCCUCGCUUUCCCUGGAGUUUCGGGACCCGAGCUUGUAGGCCCUUGUGCGGAGCCCCGCAGGACGGAAGUGGGGACUGUGGACUUUGGUCCAGACGUUGGGGACCGGGAUGGCCUCCGUGCGGAUCCGAGAGGCCAAAGAGGGGGACUGUGGAGACAUCCUGAGGCUAAUUCGGGAACUUGCUGAAUACGAGAAGCUCUCUGAUCAGGUGAAGAUCACUGAAGAAGUCCUGAGAGCAGAUGGCUUUGGAGAGAAUCCUUUCUAUCACUGUCUGGUCGCAGAGAUUCUUCCAGAACCUGGAGAGCCGCAGGGGCCCUUUGUGGUGGGCUAUGGGCUGUACUACUACAUCUACAGCACAUGGAAAGGACGCAACGUUUAUCUGGAGGACAUCUACGUGAUGCCAGAAUACCGGGGUCAGGGGAUUGGCACCAAAAUAAUCAAAAAGGUGGCCGAGGUGGCUCUGGACAAGGGCUGCUCCCAGUUCCGCCUGGCAGUCCUGAACUGGAACAAGAAGGCCAUGGACUUGUACAAGGCCCUGGGAGCCCAAGAUCUGACUGAGGCCGAAGGCUGGCACUCCUUCCGCUUUGAAGGCGAGGCAAUGAGGGAGUUGGCGGGAAGGUGAUGCCAUCCCUCAGGGAUCUCUCUCUGCUGACUCUCCUCCUCGGCGAACUCCAGCACUCCUCAGAGUAUGCAAAGAGUGGAAUUCAGGGGCGGCCUUUCCUCCUUGUUGAGGGUGAACAAUAAAUGAGUCUUGCCCUGUCCUGAUGUGUUGGGUAGAGCAGUUGGUGAGGUGAUCAGCCUUAAAUGAUCAGUUUAAGUUCAUAAUCAAUCAUAAAGAUAGGAUUAAGUGUCAACGGGAUCACAUAAGACCAGUGUCUGCUAAUAAUAAUUGAUAGAAUUAAAGAGUAGGCUGGUGCCGCGGCUCAAUAGGCUAAUCCUCCGCCUGCGGUGCCGUUCGGGGCACCGGAUUCUGUCCUGGUUGCCCCUCUUCCUGUCCAGCUCUCUGCUGUGGCCCGGGAGUGCAGUGGAGGAUGGCCCAAGUCCUUGGGCCCUGCACCCUAUGGGAGACCAGGAGAAGCACCUGGCUCCUGGCUUCAGAUCAGCGUGGUGCGCCAGCUGCAGCGGCCAUUGGAGGGUGAAACAACGGUAAAGGAAGACCUUUCUCUCUGCCUCUCUCACUGUCCAGUCUGCCUGUCCAAAAAAAAAAAAAAAAAGAAUUAAAAA